AUGGCUAAAGGUAAAGUGUUAUUGGUUCUCUACGCCGGCGGCGAAGCUGCUAGGGAAGAGCCCCGGUUGUUGGGUGCCAGUGAAAACGAAUUGGGCAUCCGCAAGCUUGUGGAGGACGCUGGCUACGAGUUGGUGACCACCACCGAUAAGGACCCCGAGCCGACGUCGACGGUGGACAAGGAGUUGACCGACACCGAGAUCAUCAUCACCACCCCGUUCUACCCGGCCUACGUGACGGCGUCGAGAAUUGCUAGGGCGCCCAAGCUUAAGGCGUGUAUCACCGCUGGUGUCGGGUCGGACCACGUCGACUUGGACGCCGCCAACAAGCGGAAGAUCGCCGUGCUUGAAGUCACCGGCUCUAACGUGCAAUCGGUGGCCGAGCACGCGAUGAUGACGAUCUUGGUGUUUAUCAGAAACUUCCUUCCCUCCCACCAGAUGGCCCUCGACGGCGGGUGGGACAUCGCACGGUGUGCCCAGCACGAAUACGACUUGGAGGGCAAGGUGGUGGCCACGGUGGGCGCGGGGAGAAUCGGGUACCGCAUCUUGGAGAGAUUGGUGCCGUUCAACCCGAAGAAGUUGUUGUACUACGACUACCAGCCUCUCCCCCAACAGGCGGUCGACAAGUUGAACCAGGCGUCGAAGUUGUACAAUGACGUCGACAAAAUCGUCGAAAGAGUGGAAAGUUUGGAAGACAUGGUCGCCCAAGCAGAUAUCGUCACCAUCAACUGUCCCUUGCACGCCGGCACUAAGGGAUUGUUCGACAAGAAGUUGAUCUCUAAGAUGAAGAAGACGGCCUACUUGGUCAACACUGCCCGCGGGGCCAUCUGUGUGGCUGAGGACGUGGCGGAAGCGGUCAACAACGGCACCAUUGCUGGUUACGGUGGUGACGUUUGGAACGUGCAACCGGCUCCCAAGGACCACCCGUGGCGUAAGAUGCACAACUCGUGGAACGGGGGCAAUGCCAUGACGCCCCACAUCUCGGGGACGUCGUUGGACGCUCAGAAGAGAUAUGCCGAUGGCGUCAAGCAGAUCUUGACGGCUUACUUCACCGGCAAGUUCGACUAUCGUCCCCAGGACGUCAUUGUCAUCGACGGUCACUACGCCACCAAGGCCUACGGCCAGAAGAAGUAA